AUGCUACAUACUCGAGUAACAUCCCUACUUAAAUCAAAACGGAUCUUCGCCCUACAUUUUCCAUUCAACAGAUGUUUUUGUCAGCAAGCUGACGAUCCCAUUCAACAAUUGUUCAUCGAGAAGAUUCGGGAAUACCGGACGAGAAGUGAGGGUGGAAAUUUGGUCGAACCAACGCCAGAAUUGCUGGAAGAGUUGCAAAGUAAACUGGCAUCUGUUAACAAGAAUUAUGACGCAGAAGGAGUGAAUAUGACUGCAUUUCCAACCUUUGAGUUCGUGGAACCUGUCAUUGAUCCUAUCUCGUUGGAGGUUGAAGAUAAGAAGAAAAAAGAGACUGGAAAGGAUGAUGGAGAGAAGAAAAAGUAG